UUCGUACUUUGUAAUUACGGUCCCUGUCCGCUUGCAGGGAGACAAAAAAAAAAAAAAAAAAAAAAAAAAAAAGGCCCUAGCCAAGCAACUAAUAAAAUUGUCGGUAACAACGGAAACACAGAUGGGAUGGUUUGCGCUUAUGCAUUGGCGAGAUAAAGGAUUGAUUGAUCCCAUAGAAUGACAAAACAAAAUCUCCAAGGGACUCUCUGUCACGGUCUCCAUUCGGGCGGAUCUUGGGAUCAAUGAAGUUUGACUGUAAUCCAUAGGUGUCUGGGUUACCUGGGGCAGGAAAGAUAACCGAAAAUUUUCAUCUCAUCAUGCAGCGACCAAAGUCAUCAUAAAGCCCGCAUAGAGCCCACAUCUUUGCCCACCUCAACCAUCAGCAUCCACAUGCCCGCUCUCCUGGAAACAAAACUUUUGGUCAUUCGACUCGCCAGAUAACCUCGAGACUGGUGCAACCUGCUAUCUCGCUCAGCUACAGGCUCGUACACCAUCACAGAAUAUCAUUUCUCUGCACCAUCUCUGGAAAGUUUUCAUCGAGGCAUCUUGGAUCAAAAGCACAUAUAUUAAAAAAUGGCUGCCUCGUCCACAGAACAGCGCGCUGGAAAGCGUCCGCGAACCCAAUCGCUUCCUCCCCCAGAGCUCCCGCAGCUGGUGGCCGAACAACACCAGCCCAUCCCAUCCUCGGACAAAGAUUCUCGCCGGUUGAUUGUCGUUCUAUCCAAUGCAAGCCUGGAAACGUACAAGGCAUCGCACUCGGCCGGUCCCAACCGCAUGGGUGCUGCCCCGCGAGAGGAGAAGUACUCUCUGCUCAACAGCGACGAGCACAUUGGAGUCAUGCGCAAGAUGAAUCGCGACAUCAGUGAUGCCCGCCCUGAUAUCACUCACCAGUGCCUACUCACACUGCUAGACUCGCCUAUAAACAAGGCUGGCAAGUUGCAAAUCUAUAUCCAGACCGCCAAGGGGGUCCUCAUCGAGGUGUCCCCAUCGGUCCGCAUCCCGCGAACAUUCAAGCGCUUUGCUGGAUUGAUGGUUCAACUUUUGCAUCGCCUGUCCAUCAGGUCGACCAACUCGCAAGAGAAGCUCCUGCGCGUGAUUCAGAACCCCAUAACCGACCACCUGCCACCCCAUUGCCGCAAGGUAACGCUCAGCUUCGAUGCCCCAGUCGUUCGGGUCAGGGACUACAUCGACAGUUUGGACCCCAAGGAGAGCAUAUGUGUCUUUGUGGGUGCCAUGGCAAAGGGUGCCGACAACUUUGCCGAUGAAUACGUGGACGAGAAAAUCGGUAUCAGCCAUUACAGCUUGUCAGCUAGCGUUGCUUGCAGCAAAUUCUGCCAUGCCGCCGAGGACUGCUGGGACAUCUUAUAAGGGAAAUAAGAUAGUAUCCCGCCAGCCAGCCAAACCCCCAGCCGAAGCGAGCACGUAGAGUUUUCGUGGAGUUACUCCGUUGGGGAUGUGUGAAGCGGAGGUGGCCAGGUCACACCUUCCCUGGAUGAUUAGGGAGGUAACCUUUUUUUUUCUUUUUCUUUUUUCCUUGCUCUAUCCCUUCCCUAAUUUUCGACUUGAGAAGGGCCAGAACUGCCAG